UUCUUAAGGCGCUACCGGCAGCCAGCGAGCACCGGCCACCACACCAUCGCCUCCGCUCUGAAAGCACCGGCCACCGCCACUCUCUGCGAACACAGGCCACCGCGCCACCGCCUCCUCUCUGAGAGCACCAGCCCCAGUCCGCUGCUGCCACCCCGGCUCCACGAUGCCCGAGUUCCCCGCUGCCCGCGGCUGGCUCCUGCUCCUGCUGGCCGUCCAGCUCGGCGCGGCUGCUGGCGCUCCCCGGCCAUGGCACUGUGCGCCCUGCUCCGCCGAGAGGCUUGCACUCUGCCCGCCGGUGCCCUCCUCGUGCCCGGAGCUUGCCCGGCCCGCCGGCUGCGGCUGCUGCCUGAUGUGCGCCCUGCCACUGGGUGCCGCAUGCGGUGUGGCCACUGCGCGCUGCUCUCGCGGGCUCAGCUGCCGCGCGCUACCCGGCGAGCCGCGGCCCUUGCAUGCCCUUACCCGCGGCCAGGGUGCCUGCACGCCCGACGCCGACGCAGCGCCCAGCGCUGAGGACACAGGAGAGGACCUGCCCAUUCUCUGGAACGCCGUCAGUAACUACGAGAGCAUGAGGGCUCAGGAGAUCACCGGCAUCAAGAAGCGGAAGGUGAGACCCUGCGGCGGCCGGGGAGCCACGGAUGGGAACCUGCAGUGCCGCACGGGCAUGGGGGGUUUCUCUCUGGCCCUAGAGCCCUGGGAAUAAGUACUUUCCUUCCUGGAACCUAACAGAGAUUUCCCAGUGUAGCUUUUUGGAACUUUUAACAGUCUUUGAGCAGAGGACCCGCUGGAUGGAAAGAACUCAAUUCCUGCUGUGCAGCUUCAGUUACAUUACUUCACAUCUCUGAUCUCUGCUCUAAAUUAAGGGGGUCAGACCAGACAGCAUCUUGAGAGCACUGAGUUAUUCUAUCUAAAGCUGAGCAAAAGGACCUCAUGUCCCCCUUUCACAAAUUGUGGCAAAAUGUAUAUAAUAUCAAAUUGAUCUCCUUAACCAUUUUAAAGUAUGAAGGUGGGUGGCAUGAAGAACUUUCAUGUUACUUUGUAACCAGCCCCACUGUACACCUGGAGAACUCUAUUACCUUCUCAAACUGUCCCCAUUGAACACUAACUCCC